AUGUCCACCUCAUCCUUUACUUUCGUGCAGGAAGAUCCAUCCGGGGAGCCGCCGGUUACAAUGAUGUUGCAGGAAGGUUUCUACCCUGAGAGUCGUUUCGGUGACCCUGCUCGAGUGAAAAAGGUCCAAUGGGAGGACGGUAGACCUUUGAGUAUUCUGCCUGUCGAGAAAGCGUUGGUUGAGUACUGUGACAGACUGUACGGACUCGGAGCCACCUAUGCCCCUUUCCAAAUUUUUGGUGCAAUGGUGAUGUUGUCGACAAAAGAUGCCCUUGAAACUGAUUACGGGAAGAGGGCUCGGAGCCUAAUGAUGGAAAGCUUGCAUCAUGUUGAGAGUGCUCCGUCUGAGAAUAUCUUGAUCCUCUUGAUCGAUAUGUUUUGGCAGGUGACGAAUUUCCCACUGCCCUCAGGGUCCCCACAAAUGGCACCAGGAUAUCCCCCUCUUGUUAAGGAGACCUAUGAGGGGUAUAUCUCUAGCGUACAGCCUGCAAGGGAUAACUACCCUGUUCAGAUAUCUGGAGCUUGGACUGUGUAUGUUACUGGGAUGGGUUUUAAGGGACAGUUUCCUUACACAGCUACCCCUGAGGUUUUGGGAAGGUGGCUGUUAAGAGAGAUGGAUGAUUAG